CGGCUUGCAUCUUCCCUCUGUGUGCGGAUUUCAGGUGUGAUGGAGCCUUCAUGUUUAGCUGGAUUCUUCAUGGCCUUUCUUCUCUUACAGAUUGAUGUACUCACCCAAGCUAUGAGCUUGAAUAUACAGAUUAACAUUCAGGUUCCAGAUGCAGAAGGGGUACUGGUGGAGUGUACGUCAGGAAGUUUGUUCCCACCUGCUGAGAUGACAUGGAGAGACAGCAAGGGGAAUGUAAUUCCACAUUCAUCAAAAUUUGACUCUCAGGAUGGAUUAUUGUACUUGAAGAGCAGCAUUCUUCUAAAGAACAGAACACAUGGUCCUAUUACUUGUUGCAUUUACAACGCAACUACUAAUCAAGAGAAAAAGAGAAGCAUUGUCCUACCAGAUGUCCUCUUCAAACCAGAGAAUAUAUCAUUGAUGUCAAACAGACCUUCAUGUCCUCCUGUAAUAUAUUUGAUCAUUAUACUUGUUUUACAUUGUCUUAGAGGAAUACUUGUUUGUUGUCUCAAAUGGAAAACAUGUGAAUUCAUGAGAGACAUUGACAAUAAAAUAAAAGACCUCCUAAAUCUUCUUACUUACUCUUUUCCAGGUUCAAAUAAAAUGAGGCUUUGCUAUGAACUUACCUGGGAGUGUCUACCAUUAGCUUUGUAUAUUGGCUUCCUCCCAUUCUAUUUGAAUUUCAGGAGCAAAGCUUCUAUUUUGGACAAUGCAUACCCACUGUACAGUAAUUGGCUGUGGGAUGUAUGCAUAAUCUUGGUUGUAAUGAUGGUAUUUUUCACUGGACUCAUUUUGCUUCUACUUGUGACUCUAAACACCAAAGAACAGAAAGCACCGUGCCAGCCACUGGAGGAUGAAAUCUUACCCUUACACCAGCUUUCACAAGAGUCCACAGAACAAAGGUCACCAUCUCCGUUCCUCAGAGACUGCAGAGAGGAAGCGGUCCAGCUCCAAGGAAAUACUGUAGAGGAGAUCUUCCAUCAGCCCCAAGAAAGCUGUGGAGAGGAGACCUUCAGUCCUCUUCAGCCCUUAGGAUUGGAUUGCAGUCUCAACUGGGGAACCUGAGACAGUAAAGAAAGAGAGAAAAGGAUUCUGAUUUGAACUAUAAAAUUUAUAUCUACAAAAUAUACA